CGAGAUGCCAAAACGAGACGUUUUCAAUAGCGAAGUUGUUAAAAAUUUUCGACAAGUAGUUCGUCGACAAGAUGCACAUCGAACUAAAAAAUGACCGACAAACCGGAAAACACUUUCAGCUCUCUAGGUUUGCUGAUUAGAGCGAACGACGGCAAAGCAAAAAAAUUCAAGUACGCCAAAACGGAAUUCUCGACGAAGCAAAAUCGUAGCCCGUCGCCCGACGUCGGCCAUCUGUACGGAAAAGUUUCGAACUCGGAAAUACCGAAGCUCCAACAAAAAGGCUUGAUUAUCAUUUUACCGAAAAGAAGGAAGUUACAGCGCAGCGAACAGCUGACUUUUGCUGCCUGGUGCGUCUCUCACGCCUUGUACUGGCUCCAUUUCCUCUCCAUUUUGCCAAGUGCCGCGGUCUUACCCCUGCAGAGCCCCCCCUGGAGUUACAAACGUUAUUCGACGCCGUCGCGAAUCAAAGAUUUUCAUAUCGAACCUGACUGGUCGUCUUGACGUUUCCGAUAAAUAGCCACCACCCUGGAGGCAAUCGAAAGAAAUUUAGACGGGGAAAAUUAAACCUUUUAUGUCGCGCGACUGAAAGAAAUCCACUCCCCAUUACGUCUCGACCGGAAUUGUGCAAUCUUGGAGUAA